AACCCACACCCUCCUUUGUCAUCGCUCGUAUGACUCUCACCACCAUAGCUCUCCCUAACUGAUAUCCGGCCUCAUACCGUCCCGAUACCCUCAUCAUGGCUCCUUCCCUUUACCCGAGACCCGUUCCUAAUACCCGCGUGGCCAGGGACUCACCGAAUUACAAAGAGUUAGACUAAUGCUCCCCACUUUUUCUAAAUUGCGCUAUCUGAGCCCAUGACUAACCUUCGUCUAUUAGCUUUCUGUUUGGCGGAACCGUCACAUUGUGCGUGGGGCCAUAUGGGAAAAGAAUGGAGAUUCAUAAAAAACUCCUCGCAAGCGUAUCCCGAGAGCUCAACAAACACGUCAACAACAACAUGAGAGAGGGUAUCGAGGGCAUAAUCUGUUUACCGGACGAGGAAGAAGAGACGAUAGCACAUUUUACCGAAUGGGCAUACACCGGAGAAUAUACUCUCUCCCCCCCUCCCGCCAACACGAACAGCUACACGGGGCCGAGACAGCAUCCAUGGUCGAAUCUUCACAAACACCUUCAGAUCUACGUAUUCUCGGAUAAAUUCAACAUACCCGUCCUAAUGCGACUCGCAGAAUCGAAAUUUCACAGCGAGAUCAAACCCCUCCGCCCAAAUGGAAAUGAAGACGUGGUCGGCCUUGUCAAGCUGAUAGACUACGCAUAUAACAACCUUCCCAGCCCAGAUCCGAUCCUAAAAUUUCUAACGCAAUACGCUUCUUGGAAGUUGGAGUUGCUACGCCCGUCGCAGGUGUUCCAUAGAUUGAUGUUGCAGCGGCCGGAGUUCUUGAAGGAUUUGCUCAUGAAUUUGAAGGGGCCGAGCACUAAGCCUAAGGCCGCGGCAAGGCAAACCCACCAGACAGACUACAGGUCAGAGACCGUAGUGACUGAAUCUUCCGUGAUAACUCUUUUCUAGCUUGGUGGCAAAGGACGGAACUGUUGCUGCUAGUUCCCAAUUUUCAUCUCCUUUGUUCAAAUGAAUACAUUUAAUACUCUCUCUUUCUCUCUCAAUAACUUUCCGUAACUUGAACAAGAACACAAAAUCUAUCAAGCUUAACAUCAUCUGGGGCAGUAGGGCCCAAGAUACGGUGCCCGAACAUCUGCUUUGCAGCAAGAGCCCUUCACCUAUAACCCACACCAGCACGUUCUCUUGCCAAACCGCACACUUACUCUGUCUUCAUACAUUAUCACUCGUUUCUCGGACUCUGAAAUUUGUUGAAAAUAAGAGAAUGUUUGUGUGUGGGAGCUACAAGCACACAGGGGUUUACAUAAGUGCUUACUAAUUUCUCAUGUCUUGGUUCUGUGUUGCUACCUCAUCUUUGCUUUCUUUUCCUCCGUUUUGUUUUUUUUUCUCAUCCGGAACAACCAACAUGAUUAAUUCUCUUUGGCUUCUUUCUUGCCGUUUCGCUCCACUCUGCAUAACCAUUACACCUCCUUCUUUUCUUUCUCUUGACUCCACUCCCUGUACACAAGACCAAUACCAUUCUCUCCUUCGGUAUUCACUCGCUCUCGUUUCGUAAAACCUCCACAAAAUCGACUGCAACCUUCCAACAAAAUAAAACAGCCUCCAAUGCCCCUCCAAUGCCGUAGACUACCAUACCGAGUAUACAUGAAGGUGACCGAAUAAUAUGACAUAAAACUCCCCUGCCCCCCUCUCAAAUCUUGAUAACUGCCCCUCUUCUCCGCAAUUUCAUUUUAAGACCCACCCCUCCCCCCUGCCCCCGAAAAAAUCACCGCACAAAAAGCCACUAAUAUUCGGUUGCACAGUUUCUCCCCCUACACGACCCCUAAGCUUGUCUACUACCAGACCAUCGUCCAAAGAUUUCUGCGAUCCCAAGGACUCGUUUGAAUAUAUUAUCUGCCAAAGAGUCAAGGCAAAAAAAGGAUUAAGCACUAAACCUAUGGCUAUGGAAUCCCAAAUCACCCGAUACACGGCAGAGUGAACAAGCUAUCCCGUGUAGACUAAGGCGCAAGAUUACAAAAUCUAUCAGGUUUGACAUC